AACCGGCCUGCGAUGGUCUCUGUCUGGAUGCCCGAGGGAAGCGUGCUCAAGUACAUAGCGGAGAACUCGCCUGUCUCGGGCUACGCGAUCUCGUUGGCAAGCGACCUUCCGUGUUGUGUGAUUGAGCUGAUGGAUUGGGCAGCUUACAGACAUUGCGGAUGGCCUGGCAUAUCUGCAUUCAUCCAACGUUAUCCACGGAGAUCUCUGCGCUCGGAACGUGCUCGUCGACAAAGGGAGUGCGAUGGUGACCGACUUUGGGCUGGCGGGAUUCAUCGAGAGCGAGUCGACGGUGUUAUCCACUCGCGGAGGAACACUGC